AUGCUUCUCAAGCCAGUGCUCGCCCUUGCUUCCCUGGUUACCCUAGUCGUGGCAGCUCCUGCCACCGAGCCAGACACCGGUCUCAGCCAACGUGAGGCACUGGAGCCGUUUACCCUGGCCGAGUCCAGUGACACUCUAAAAGCUCGCGAUCUCACAAAACGAGACGCCAUCAACAUCAGCAUGUUUGGUGGCAAUGGCUGCACCGGCCAAGUUCAUGGAAUCUCUCAGAUCGGGGGCGCACCGACAUGCUACCCAGUUCCGGCUAGCAAGCGAUCCAUCCACACUUGGGGAGACUAUGCUAGGGAUGGUCACAAAGACGAGGAAGGUUCCUCUCGCUGCGUUGGGGAAGGCAAUCACAGCUCGACAAGUGUUGCGUGGAGUGAUGGAGGCGUUUCGUAG